UGUGGUUGCUGGGAAUUGAAUUCAGGACCUUCGGAACAACAGUCAGUUCUCUUAACCGCUGAGUCAUCUCUCCAGCCGGAAAUGUGGUGUUCUUUAGUCGUACACGGAGUUUGUCUGCGAUCAUCAAGAAACGCACAGGGAUUCUCUGUUGGAAGAGAUGACAGUGAGUCUGGGCCCCCUGUUGUUGGUCUUCAUGCUGGGUCUGGUUGUGACCCCACCAACUCUGGCUCAGAAUGACCCCAGGUAUAAAAAAUUCCUGACUCAGCACUAUGACGCCAAGCCAAAGGGCCGUGACGACAGAUACUGUGACAGCGUAAUGAGGAAGCGAGGCCUGACCUCGCCCUGCAAGGACCUCAACACCUUUGUUCAUGGCAGCACGGACGGCAUCAAGGCUGUCUGCGGGACAGGCGGAAACCCCUACGGAAAUAACUUAAGAAUAAGCAUCUCUCAAUUCCAGGUCACCAUUUGCAAGCACAGAGGAGGGUCUCCCCGGCCUCCAUGCCGGUACCGAGCCUCUAAAGGGUUCAGACACAUUGUUGUUGCCUGUGAAAAUGGCUUGCCUGUCCACUUAGACGAGUCUUUUUUCAGUUAAUAGCCAGCAGGCCCUGGCACAGAGUUGGUUCUAUGUUCUUUUGAUCCCCUCUUCCCCAAGAACACUAAUGGCAGUGGUCACUGUCAGCGGCCGGAACACAAACUAUCUGAAACCUAUGUCUUCUGAUUUAUAAUGCGCAGAAAUAAAGAUGUCUCUAAAGCCAUUAA